AUGUCUGCUGGUCAUUCUGAACCUCAGGUUCUGUACAGCGUGAGCAACAUCUCUGCUUUCUCUGUCCAGAAUGGCGAGGAGCAUCCAAUUACUACUUCGCCCCAAACUCUGUCGCUGUUGAUGGUCCCUACUGCAUCGCCAUUUGCGGAUCUAUCCACCACAGAACCGACGAGCUCGGCGCCAGAAGAAGAUUUCUAUCUUCACCUUCACCUGCCUCCCGAACUCGACAUACCACUGCCGGCGACCACCCAGAUCUACCACAAGCCCCCCAGCAGUUAUCUGAUCCCACGCUGGGACCUAGGCCCCGAGGCGGGCGCUUUCAUCCGCAUUCAGUUUCCUUCAAUUGGUCAUGGCCCCGGAAAAGUCACGCAAGAAGAGGUGGAUACAUUCGAAACAAUUCUCGCCCAAUGCACAGCAUUUCUUGAACGGGCUCCGGCCCCUCCUCAAGACUUUGAACGAUAUGACCCGAGCACUUAUCGUCCAGGAGAGGGUUAUAUUAGUUCCGCCAGCCUGGCAGACGUUAAGCCACACCAUGGUCAGAUUGUGCUGGUUGACGAAGAGAAUGGUAGCGUCGUUGGGGAGUUGCAGGAUAAUUACGAUGUCGUCGAAUCUCCUUCAGUCAAACCGGGAUCUAAAACUCCCGUACAGAUCCAAUUACCUGCCGAGGGUCAAGGUAACCAGAUCCGUGUUGACAAUGUGUCCGAAGAUUACCUUCAGAUGGCGAGACACCCAGCUUAUGCAAAGUCGACUAUCGUUCAGUCCUCGGCAACCGCCUCACGCCUUAUCGUGACGAGUUCAAACUAUCUUGCGAAUGCGCUAUCGUCUAGUGCCGAGUCAUAUCAGCGAAAGACGCAGCCAAAUCCCAAGCCUUUGACUUUCUCCCCAGCAACCCACGCCCGAAUCAGACAGAUUCAUUCCUUCACCCAAGGAGCCGUUGGGCUCAGUGCAAAGACUGUCGGUCAAUUGGGCCGGUACGCACAAAACUUCGGCGCCACCUUGGCUCGAAAAGGCGAGAAGACCAAGAAAGAACCGGGUAAAGACUACAAGCCCGGGGUUCUCAACAAAACAAUGAUUGCGUUCUCAACUAUUGCUGAUGGGAUAGACCAGGCGGGUCGUAAUUUGUUGACCUCCGGUUCUGUAGCUGCGUCCAGUGUCGUGGGUCAUAAAUAUGGCCAGGAGGCCGGGACUGUGGUGCAAGGUUUGGCCGGUGGUGUGAAGAACGUGGGCCUUGUUUACAUCGACGCAAUGGGAGUCUCAAGGCGAGCGGUGAUCAAAUCCGUGGCGAAGGGCAUGGUGGUUGGUAAAUUGCCAAACGGACAACAACUUGUGGUUGGCACAGGUGACGGGGGAGUUGUGCCGGGUGAGGCUUUGCCUCCAGAUAGCAAGCGUCACGACUAUCAGUCUUCAGACUCGGUGUACGGAGGGGCUUCACAACCUGGAGUCAGCAGGCCAGGAUAUGGUGUUGAGAGUUACGGAAAUGCAGCGAAUGGACCACCAGCAUAUUCUUCGGGGGUCGGUGAACCGUUGGGCUCGACAUUGCAGGGACAAAACGUGCGAGAGAAGCGAUGA